AUGUUGAGAAAGCGUAUUAAGGAAAUGCUUCACGAGGGCCACAAGGGUAUUGUUGCCAUGAAAGCUGAAGCAAGGUCUUUUGUAUAUUGGCCCAACAUGGACCAAGAUUUAGAACAAAUAACUUCCAACUGUGCAUUAUGCAUAACAAAUCGCAAACAUAAGGCCAUUUCACCUUUAUCUUGGCCGUCAGUAGAUAGACCUAGGUCCCGCUUGCAUGUAGAUUAUUGUGGACCCAUUGACAACAUGCAAUAUUUGAUUAUUAUUGAUUACUUUUCUAAAUUUAUUGAUGUCUAUGCUUGCAAGAAUAUAACUUCAGAGGGUACCAUACAAUGUUUAAGGUCAUGUUUUGCUAAUUAUGGUAUUCCUGACACAAUUGUAUCUGAUAAUGCAACUUCUUUUAUGUCUAGGGAGACUCAGAAUUUCUUUCAGAAAAAUGGUGUUAGACAUUGUUCAGGAGCACCAUAUAAUCCAAGUACAAACGGGCUUGCAGAACGGGCUGUCCGAAUAUUCAAAACUAAUUUCAAAAAGUUUGAUUGUAAUUUGCCUGCAAAAACCAGAAUGGCAAAAUUUUUGUAUACCUAUAGACGUACAGUACAGUCUUCUACUGGCUGCUCCCCAGCUGAAUUAUUAUUUGGAAGGAAAUUUAAGGGUCCAUUAGAUGUUAUAAUGCCUAAACAAAGAGAUGAGUUUUAUGUUCAUGAGUCUAAAUUCAGAGUUGGCGAUGCAGUAUAUGCCAAGAAUUUUGGUAAGGGACCAGAAUGGGUGGAAGCUAAGAUUAUCAAAGCUCUUGGUGAAAGAAAUUAUUUAGUUUCUGUAGAUGUUAAUGGUAUUUUGACUUGGAAGCGUCACCUAUCACAGUUAUUUGAGAGAAAAAUGUAUAAUACUAGAGUAACUGAUGAACCGUCACUAUUAGACGAUACAAUGAUUCCUUAUGUUCCUGUAGUUUCUUCUCCCCGUAAUGUACAAGGAUUAGAAGAAACAAAUAACCCUAUUCAGAACUCGGGUAUGAUUUGUAAUCCCAAUGUAGAAGUAGUAGGAUCAGAGAACAGUAAUUGUGAUACUGGUGCCAUUGUAAGAAAAUCUACCAGAGUAAGUAAGAAACCUAGGAGACUCAUUGAACAAAUUUAA